GUUGUUCUGCUCUUCCGGCUCCUUACAGCAGACAGACAGUUCUGGGGACCGAAGACACCGGAGGGAGGAGCGGCUUGUCCGGUGUGUCGGUAUCGCUGCGGAGAGACGGAUGGGAGGGGACGGCAGGAAGGUGGGAUCUGAUGGUGACUCAGUCACGCCGUCUUCUGAUUGCCUAAGGCGUGGUGUGACGUUCUGCUGAUGUUGGAAGGUGCCCAGGACGGCAGGGACUCUGCACUCCUCCACAGCUGGCUGCUGGAAAAUGUUCUCCAUAGGCUUGGUUCUGCUCUUUUUGUGGACUGUAGAGGGACUCCAGGACUCCCGGGACAAAGAAAUCCAUCAGAAGAAUGCUGACUUUAACCAGGACUAUAACGACACCAUCAGUAGUGAGAUCCAGAAUAUCUAUGCCUUCAAUCACACCAUGCUGAGGAACAAGACUGAAGGAGUCAGAGUGUCGGUCAAAGUGCUGUCUGACCAGAAAGGACCACCGCUGCUCUUUGUAGUCCGGCAGAAGGAAGGGUUGAUGUCUUUCCAAGUACCGCUGACCCUCAGGGGUUUGUACCAACGUAAUUACCAGUAUAAAGAUGUCGGGCGCACACUGUGCCAGCCACCCACUCGGGCCGAGGCGAAGACUGAGUCCUUCUUUGUGGACGUUUCUACCUUGUCUGAGAAGAACGCCACCUACUACUUGCGUGUUACACAUGUGGAGAGCUUUGUGCUGCGGACAAAAGAACGGUUCAGUUUUAAUUCAACUCCCGCUCAGCCUCAGUAUUUUAAGUACGUCUUCCCUCCGGACGUGGACUCUGUGAUCGUUAAAGUCACUUCUCCAUCUGCAUUUCCCUGCUCUGUCAUCUCCAUACAAGAUAUUCAGUGCCCGGUAUACGACCUUGAUAAUAAUGUGGCUUUUACUGGCAUGUAUCAAACAAUGACCAAGCAGGCGGCUAUCACCGUUCAGAGAAAGGAUUUCAGCAAAGAUGGUUUCUAUGUUGUGGUUGUUGUAAAGACAGAGGAUGAGGCGUGCGGCGGGGGUCUGCCUUAUUAUCCAUUAAAUCCAGAUACCCCUGUGAAGCAUGGAGAUCGUCAGAAGACCUUGGAUGUCCUAGUCAGCCCGGCCACCAGCAAGAGCACUUAUAUCGGGGGGAUGCUCUUCUGCUUAGGGGUGUUCCUGUCCUUCUACAUUUUCGCCCUUCUGGUAUACUGCUGGGAGCAUCGGAGAAAGAACAAGAAAGAAGCCGGGUUACUUCAUUCCGUGGGAACCUUAAAUGAUGAAACAGCGUCUCUGCUCGGGAAGUCUUCUAUGGAUCAGAGAUAUGACGGUUGUAGUUAUGGCACCAUGGCAGAGAACAGUUCCAUUGCCAGUCCAGAUGGUACAGAAAGUCUGAUGUCGUCAGCAGAGGCCACGUACAGUUACACAGACAAAUCUCUUGAAAAUGUUGUUGUGCCCCGUCCGCGGCUGGAGUCUUUGAGCUCUGUAGAAGAAGAUGACUACGAUACGCUGACCGACAUAGAGUCCGAUAAGAAUGUUAUUAGGACAAAGAAAUAUUUAUGCGUUGCUGAUCUGGCAAGAAAAGACAAGCGGGUGAUGAGAAAAAAGUACCAGAUCUACUUUUGGAACAUCUCCACUAUUGCGGUUUUCUACGCCCUGCCAGUCGUCCAGCUUGUUAUAACUUACCAAACGGUGGUCAAUGUAACAGGGAAUCAGGAUAUUUGCUAUUAUAACUUCUUGUGCGCUCAUCCCCUCGGAUCAUUGAGUGCUUUUAACAACAUUCUCAGCAACCUAGGCUACAUCAUGUUGGGGUUGCUUUUCCUCAUCAUUGUGCUACAUAGAGAGCUCCAUCACAACCACAGCCGCAUGUACAUUAAGGGGCAGAUGGAGGAAUGUGGGAUCCCCAAACACUUUGGUCUCUUCUAUGCUAUGGGCACGGCUCUGAUGAUGGAAGGUCUGCUCAGUGCAUGUUACCACGUGUGUCCAAAUUACACCAACUUCCAAUUUGAUACGUCCUUCAUGUAUAUGAUUGCCGGACUGUGCAUGUUGAAGUUAUAUCAGAAGAGACACCCGGAUAUUAAUGCCAGUGCUUACAGUGCCUAUGCUUGUCUAGCCAUUGUCAUUUUCUUCUCCGUCAUUGGUGUAGUGUUUGGGAAAGGAAAUACCAUUUUUUGGAUUGUGUUUUCUGUGAUUCAUAUAGUGUUUACGAUGCUGCUGAGCACCCAGCUUUAUUAUGUGGGUCGCUGGAGGUUAGACUCUGGGAUCCCGCGCCGCAUCCUGCAGGUUCUGUACACCGACUGUGUGAGGCAGUGUAGCCCCCCGAUGUAUGUGGACCGCAUGGUGCUACUUGUAAUGGCGAACAUCAUAAACUGGUCUUUGGCAGCAUAUGGCCUUAUUGUGCGACCAAAUGAUUUUGCCUCUUACCUUCUCGCCAUUGGAAUCUGUAACUUGCUGCUUUACUUUGCUUUCUACAUCAUCAUGAAGCUUCGCAGUGGAGAACGGAUCUUUCCCCUCCCAUUGCUUUGUAUCGCCUGCACAUCUGUGGUCUGGGGAUUCGCGCUGUUCUUCUUCUUCCAAGGACUUAGUACCUGGCAGAAAACUCCAGCUGAAUCUCGGGAGCACAACCGAGAUUGUAUCUUACUUGGAUUCUUUGAUGACCAUGAUAUUUGGCAUUUCCUCUCCUCCAUUGCAAUGUUUGGUUCAUUUCUUGUUCUGCUGUGUCUGGACGAUGAUCUGGAUGAUGUGCAGAGAGACAAGAUUUACGUGUUCUGAAACGUGCCACAAUGGACGAUACUAGCAAAUUGUAGGUCUGAGCUGCCACGGGGUGAGAGAAAUGAAACCAUCCUGGAGAAAGAUUAUCCGUCCAGAUACCCACCGUCCAGAGACCUAUAGCUCAGAUAAGGGGAUGUGCCACCAAUUUAUGCUAGGUCAUAGAGGCUGCCUUUUUGGUCUAACAUUGUACUUUGCACAUUGGCCACAGCGUGGCAGUGUGGUGUUUCCUGUUGCCAAAAACUGAGCUUAUUCGGAGCCCAGCCUCUUUGCCAUUAUAUGGCUUUAUGCUGCAGUGCUGAAAUCAUGUAGACGGUUGGCCUACUGCUGGUUAUCUACAACUGGUGGUAAUGAUUGUGUGCGUGCAACAGUGGCCGUGGACGGCAGGGACACACCGAUCAAGGCCGGUCUUCUUGUUCCCAACUUUUAUUUAAGGCAUUUGUGUCUCCACUGAGGAUAAAUCCUAUCCGAUAGACUUACUAGAAGUACCGCUCCUACUGCUACCAGUCUGGUUCUGUUUGAUCAUUUGCAGAGGAGACUAGACUCCAGACUCUCACGUGUUCAAUGGCCAUGUUGGGUCCCUAGAUAGAGAAUCAGCCACUCUUGUUGCAUAUCCUUGCAAGUGUCCAAUGACCGACGUCCAAAUAUGUCUCAUACUUUACAACAUGACGCCUCUAGCCAAGAGUAUAAGGCUAGACUACUCCAGGUACUGUGAAUGUAGUUCAUGUCAGCAUUGUGCAGAUAGGAGCCCUAAAUCUUAUUUGUAAUGGAGACCCCUUGAAAUGUAAGAUUUUGAGCAGAUGGGGCCAGACGUAGACCACAUCUUAAUUCAUUUCAGGUAUAGGGUAAUAUGUGCCUACUCUUCGUGUUUUUUACAUCCCAUUGUACACUUAAAGGGAUAUUCUGAUUUUUAUCUUUUUAAUUACUUUAUAGGUGUAUACAUUUUGCUUACAUAUCUUUCUUAUAUCAGGUGUUGACUCCUCUCUGCACAGCAGAAUGGUAUAGUUCAUGAAUCAGUCAGUCCUGUGUAAUGCAUCCAUGGUCUAACUGAAACAUAGCAUCAGCCAUGUGACAACCCACUGACAUUCAGUAAGCAACAGUGUUACUUGGCAUACUGUAUAUGUGGAGGGUCAGCACACGGGACACUGCCAUUGGAUAACUACAUAUAACCUAUGGAAUCCAUUGGGGCAAUUACAACAAUUAUUUUACUGUAUUGUGUUAACAUGGCUGCCUGUUUCUAGGUGAUUUGUACAAUGGCUUCCUGUCUCUAGGUGGUGAUGUAAUGUUAAUAAAGUGAACUGUAAAAAAAUUACAAGCAUGACACAUACAGGGAGAACAAUGUCAGAUGUGCUUCUACACUGACAGACAUGAGAUGCUGCUGCUGCCAGUAAUACUGUAUAUCUCAAUAAACUACUAUUCACCUGUUAGAUAUCUGAACAGUUGACUGAAUGCCAGGGGUCACAUGACAGACUUGAGGGUCACAUGACUGACACCAUCUUUAGUCCUAUGGAUGCAUUUUACAUGACUAAAACAGGCCCCACACCAUUUUUCUUUCUUUAAUGAAGAGCCUAUUGUGGGUCUGUAAGCAAAAUUUUGAAUACAUAUACAUUGGAAAACUGUAUGACUUCCCGUUCUCUAAACAAAAAAAUGUAAUCAUUAAAAUCAGAAUACCCCUUUAAGGAGGUUGUGCCAGAUUAGAAAAGCAGGCCAUCAUCCCACAGAGACUCUAAUUGUCUGAGCUGCAAUGUGAUUGACUAAUAUCUGAUGGUAUGGUAUAUCUAUAUCCGAGAAGUCUACAGCCAGAGAUGGAGGAACCUGCAACCUUCACCGACCUCGACUACCAGCGUGGUUAUCAGCGAUGGUACCCAGGUAUAUAGGACCUCUCCGCACUCCAGCUAUUGUAAAACAACUCCCCGCAUCCACUUUUGCUCAGCUGUUCUUAGAACUCCUAUAGACAUGAAUUGAGUAUGCUAGGGGUUGUAGUUGCCCAACUGGAGUGCUGGUGGUUGCUGACCCCUGCCCAGGAACAACAUCUUUAAAUAUUCUUUACAUAGAGAAAUACCUGUACACCACCAAAAAGUAAAAAAUAAUCACAUUCUGUUGCUUUCUUUCUGCUGUGUGAAAGAUACUUCCUUGCUUCAGAAAUAUACUUUAGUUCAUUAUUUAUUUUUUUACCAAAAAUUCUCCUCGGCGUUCUCUACAGUUGUGACUUUCUAAUGUAAAUGAUAUAAAAAAAAAAUACCUGUACUAACUGUAAUGGUUUACUGUGCCCGAAAGACACCUGCAAAGGGUUAAGGAUCCCUUGAGCUCUGUGUAUUGUGCAUUACAUAUUGUACAUAGGGGUUCUUAUAAAGCCUGGUUCUGGUCAAGGCAGUGCUUGCAGUUUACAGGAUGCAGCUGUCCGGAUUUGAACAUCCAUGUAAAGGAAUAUUCACAUGUAGCAGGUUUGUUGCAGAAAUGUUGGCAACUGUCCCCUUCUUUUAAAUUAGAUUUGCUGAAAUUCAUGAGCAUGACUUCAAAACCACCCUGUUCAGACAAAACCAUCUGUGUGCUUUAUCACAGUGUUUCCCAACCAGUGUGCCUCCAGCUGUUGCAAAACUACAACUCCCAGCAUGCCCGGACAGCCAGUUGUAGUUUUGCAACAGCUGCAGGCACACUGGUUGGGAAACACUGUGAUAGAGCACACGUUGGAGCUCUAUCUUCUAAGACAGGGGUCAGCGAUAGCGUUGAGCGAACUUGUGUUUU